AAAGAAAAAAUUCCAGAAGCUGCAGAGGACGAACAUAACUCAAAGCCGAAGUCGAGGAGAGGAAGAGGACCAACCAGAUUGAGUAGAGUUGCUAAAAAUCCUGAGGAUAAGAUCGACAUUGAAUUUAACACUCUCGGUGAGCAUAUUGGAGAUGGCUCAGUGCUACUUUCAUCCUUUCUGGGUAUUCUUGUGAGAGAGCAUGUACCAGUGUUACUCGAAGACUGGAGGCAACUCGAUGAACUUACAAGAGACACAAUGUGGGAGGAAAUUCAGGCAAGGUUCAACUUGAAAGAACAAUGGCAAAAGGAUGCUAUUAUAAAACAAAUGGGUGGUCUCUUCAGGGCAUCAAAAUCACGGCUGGUGGCCAAUAUCCGUGCUAUAAGUAGCAGGGAAAAAAUUAUUAACUUAAAACCAAGCAAUAUUCCCUCUUUGGCAACUUGGCUAAAUUGGGUGAAGAGCAAGAAAGGAGAAGAUUUUAAGAAAACAAGUGCCCACUUCAGGGAAUUGCGUAGGAGUCAGAUCCCGCACACUACAGGACGCAGAGGAAUGGUUCGUCUAACUCAUAAAAUGAAGAAGCAGAGCAAGGAGCCUGAAAAGGUUACUAGAAGUAAGGUUUGGAUUGAAGCACACACACAUAAAGAUGGGAGACCCGCGAGACCAGAAUUUGAAGAAACCAUUGAAAAAAUCAAAACAAUUGAUAGUGAGCUCGACUCCACUGCUAGCACGAAUAUUAAAGAAGAUGCUGUGAGUAAAGUCUUAGGACAAGACAGACCAGGAAGAGUUAGAGGUCUAGGCCGAGGGAUUACUGCAUCAAAGUUAGCUAUAUUGGCAGCUAGAGACACACACGUCAUGAAGCUUGAGGCCAAACAAGCAGAACUAGUGGAUGUAGUUCGUGGCUUGCAGGAACAACUUCAUAACUUGACUGAAUCAAGGAGAGUUGAAGUUGGGUCUACCUCUGAAGUGAAUACUGAUGUUUACAAAGGGGGCCGUGGAUGUCAGAUUUUGGAUUGGUGUGUAGAGGAAGAGGUUGUUAUUGGGGAAGGAGAGUUUGUUGGAUAUCUUUUUAUGAAUUAUGUAUGA